AUGAAGGUAUCCUUUUCAGAGGUGGACGCGUUCUACAAGUUGGUCGCCGACGAGAAGCUGGGCGCCCGGAAGAACAUCUACCGCGUCCAUGGCGUCGUGUUGUCGGAUAAGGAGGCGGAUAGAUCGCAGUACAACUGGAAACAAAGCGACGGUUGGGGCGACCGGAGGCCACGCCGGCGUCAAGAGGUCCAAGUAGUCGAUGUUCCGAUGCUGAAAAUUGAUGGAAAUACAGUCGGGAUACCGCCAAAGCGCGAGGUGUGCAUCACCGGCCUCAACGACAACAUAAACGAGGACUUUCUCCGGAAAUUGGCAAUAAAGCACGGCGACGUGAUGGAUCUCUAUCUCUACCAUCACCCGGAAACGCGGCAAUACCUUGGCGUGGGAUUGGUCGUAUUUUAUCGUCCCCCAGCGGCUGCCGCCUUUUGCCAGGAGAACCACGGCAAAAGUCUGAUGGGCAAGGAGCUGAGCUGCCAUCUCGAUCCAUGGGCCGCCCUCGCUUCCCACCACUAUGAGGCUAAAACGUUGCGCGCGUGCCCGAUUCCGAAACAUCUGAAGGACAUGAAUGAGAAUCAGCUCCAGCAGCUGCGCGACCAAAUCACGAGGGCCUUGAGACAUGACGACACCUCCGUUGCCGGGGAGCCGAUGGACGUGGAGACGAACUCGCGUAGCCGUUCGAGCAGAGCUUCAACGCCACCACCAAGCCCUCCCGAUUGGCCGGUCGCCUCCGCUAACACCACCAUCUACGCCCCGGAUCCGGCCACCCCGAUCGAGCACCACCCGUCCGGCCAUCUGACCUACAGACUGCCUCCGCACAGCUACCAGUCUCCCGUCCCGCCGCCACCACCGCCAGAGCCCAAAUACGAGCCGAGACCGAUUUCUCGCCACGAGGAGCAGACGAACGCCUUCGUGCAGGGCCCACCGCCAGAACGCUUCCCGGCGCAGGCAAAACGAGGUAUCAAGUGCUCGAGGACGCCGAACAGCUCGUCCUCGCCUUCGACGGAGGAGCGCUAUCGCAGAGCCACGGAGAGGGAUUGGGAAAAGAGAGAAGCUCAAAAACGUCGUCGCCGCCACGGUUCGACCUCGAGCAGUUCCGCCGAAGAGGUGCGCACCACCAAGGUCCGCAAGCGCGAGGUGUGCGUUGAGAACAACCAGCGCCGCUACACCAAGAAGGAGUCGGUCAGCAUCGUCACCAUCAAGAAAAAGAAGGUGAAGCGCUCGAUUUCGCCUGUCGUCCCCGGGGCCGAGCCCAUAACUGAGACGUCGGAGUCGUCGUCUUCGGACAAUAGGAAGCUCGACGAGAAGAUCUCGAAGGCGUUGAAGUCGCAGAAAAUGAGCGUUGAGGAGCACAACCGCACUGGCGGCCAUCACUGGACGAGCAGCAGCAGCGACAGCGACGACAGUUCGCGUGGAGGGAAGAGGAGUUCGAAGCGGAAGCACAAGCAAUCCAAGCGGUACACUCCGACGCUGGACCCGAGGACGAUUCCGAUGCCUUCAGCGGCACCGUCAUCACGCUCGACACCGGCUCCUCCUCAUCGCACCCCGGUACACAUCCCCGUGCCGCCAAACGAGCCGCCACCGCCAUACUCGACGUUCGACCCGCACAACCAGCCACAUACACCACAUCCGCCCCCGGCACGCGUCUACGGCCAUCCCCAGCAACACGUCCAGGGCCCCUACAUCCCGCCCCAGGCCGCCAUGCAGCCCGUCGUCUUGCCGCCACCCGAUUUCUCCAAGCCGCCGCCGAUGCUGCCCUUUCAAAUGCAGCAGAAUCGGUUCCACGGCACGCCUCACCAAUCGCCGGUCACGCCUCUAUACGGAACGUCACCGACCGUCAAGCUCGAGCCCAUCAUCACCCCGGUCAAGGCGGAACCGCCAAAACCAUCAAAGGGAAGCAUCGAAGAGCGGCUUCAGUCCAUUUUCAAAGUCGGAGGCCCGGGCGCCUCGCCAGCGGACGCGCCACUUGUCCAAGAAACCAAGCCCGCCAUUAUCAGCCCGAAGAGACCCGUGCAACCGGCCGAGCCAACACGAAACCGUACACCGCAGCCAGAACCAAGGAAAAGUCGGUUCGAAGAUGCACCUCCGCCAGUUCGAGCUGCAUAUGUGCGCAAUGUACAGCCAAAUCAAGGCCGGCUGAUGGCCGCCACCGAAGAUAUCGUCAAGAUGAUCAUCGCCGACUUGAGCCAAAACGUCAACAAGGAUCUGCAGAAGAAGAUUGAGAAAGCGAUACUGGGCCUGCAGAGCGAAAGCUACACCCGGCGCAAACUCGAGCAGGAGGAGCGGAACAAGCAAAAGGCCCUGGACUCGGCGCGCGCCGCCCAACAGGCCAGACCGAAGGAAAUUCUAACCCCAGAAGAUUUGACCCGCCGCCUCCAGGACAACUCAUUUUCAAUGGCCAAGCUCGGGAACUACCGCAGAAUCCGACGCAGCAGCGCCGACAAGAUGGAGCCGGUCGCCCGCAGCAGCACGUCUCACACCAGCGAACGUGCGGCCAUCGGCUCUUCGGAAGAUGAGCGCGGUUCGCGCAGUGAUCUCGAGGAUACGGCCAGCUCGAUCGCGGGCCCAAGCUUUGCCAAGGACUCUACAAAGAUUGAGCUGCUCUCCUUUGCCUCGCCCGCUCCCUCAACAUCGGAUGCUGAAGCGGCGUUUGAGCCGUUGCACGUGCCGCUGAACUGCUCGCGCUCCCGGCCGUACGUGCGCAACGCCGACCGUCGCGAUCCGAUGGAGCCGAGCCCGGUGAUGUCGAUUCGUGACGCGGCCCUCUACGAGUACAACCCCCACAUCCUGGACCACCCCUACCCGAAGCGGUUCGGCAACCGGGAGCCGGAUUUGAGCCAGCCGAGCAAGGAGUGGCUCGCCGAGAACCGGAGCAAGUUGGAGAAGGCGAAGGCCGAAAGGCCGCCGAAGCUCCCGACCCCCGUCAAGCAACCCACGCCAAAGAAGCCGGAAAAGCCCGAGAAGAAGAAGACAGCACCGAAGGUUUCGAAGGCGUUGCGUGAACUUCUCGACCCGGUGACGGCUCGCGAUCUGAAGGCGCAGAAGCGAGAGCGAGACUACAAAUACGAGCGCUCGCCGCCCCCGGUGCACUUUGAGAAGCGGACGGCCAGCGAGGAGGCUGAGCUGAUCACAACGUUCCCGCUCGACCUUGAGGACCAAAAGUUCCUGAAGAUGGGGCUCGAGAAGCUGCAACCGCAACGCAUCCAGCUCGACGAGCGGAAAAACGACCAAUUCGAGCAGCUCGAACGGCUUCACAACGAGGCCGCCGAACCGCAUAUUGCCUUCAACGUUGCGCUGUACGCGCCGACACCACCUUUGCUGAAGCAAAAACGUACCAUCGGCCCGCUGCAGUUGUACUACAAGGAUGAAUCCCUCAUCGGCGUGAUGCCACACAAGAGCGGCUCGGCCCGGACUGAGAGAUACGAGAAGAUGACGUCGAAGCAGAAGCGCAGCCUCAUCCGCCGGCCGGAGGGGCCCGCCGAUCUUCGAACGGAUCUCAGCCAUCAAGACGAAACAAUUGUCCGACACGCGGCGAACAUGACGCGCGAGCAGAAGCAGUUGAAUCGCCGUCUGCGCGCCGAUUGCAACUCUGACCUCUUCAAGACGAACAUGCUAAAUUACCGCAAGAAGAUGAUCAAGUUUGCGCGGUCGAAGAUUCACGGCUGGGGCCUGUACGCGAUGGAGGACAUUGCCCAGGACGACCUGAUCGUCGAAUAUGUUGGGCAAAAGAUCCGCUCACAAAUCGCCGAGGAGCGCGAGGUGGCCUACGGGAAGCGCGGUAUGGGCGACAGCUACCUGUUCAGGAUCGACGAGCAUGAGGUGAUUGAUGCCACGCAAAAGGGCAACUUUGCCCGCUUCAUCAACCACUCGUGCCAGCCCAACUGCUACGCCAAGGUGGUCAACGUCGACGGGGACAAGCGCAUCGUCAUCUACAGCAAGACGGCCAUCAACAAGGGCGAUGAGAUAACGUACGACUACAAGUUCCCGAUCGAGGAUGACAAGCAGGAAUGCCUGUGCGGAGCGCCGAACUGCCGUGGAACGCUGAAC